CUGUCACGUGACGCGCGACUCACCAUGGCGUUGGAGCAGUUCAGCAGACACAGGAUCAGCAGCACGAACCACCGCCUCUUGUACACUUUGAAGAACAGCAGCUUCUUCAGCUCCACGUUCGGCUCCCUGGGAACAUCACAGGAGGAAGAGGAGGAAGAAGAGGAGGCUUCACCGCCAUUCGUGCCAGCGCCAUUCUCCUCCAUUGGAAGAAGUUGUGUUGACCGGGCGGCGGCAGUUAGCUAACUCCGCUCUGCGGUGGACACGAUCUCCCGGGAAAUCCAGGCUCCAAUGAGAGGCUCUCCAUGAUGAGGAGCUAACACUGUCGGCCGUACAACCGCAGGAAGAGACGUGGCUGCUGCACCAUCCACAGUCGACGCAUGGCGGUAUUAGGGAACCCCGACAUGCUGACGAGGAAGAUAAAGCUGUGUCACAUCAACGCCCACAUCACAUGUCGUCUGUGUGAGGGCUACCUGAUCGACGCCACCACCGUCACCGAGUGCUUACACACCUUUUGUAGAAGUUGUCUAGUGAAAUAUCUGGAAGAAAACAACACGUGCCCCACGUGUAGGAUUGUUAUUCAUCAGAGCCAUCCACUGCAGUACAUCGGCCAUGACAGAACAAUGCAAGACAUUGUCUACAAGUUGGUACCGGGACUUCAAGAGGCGGAGAUAAAGAAGCAGAGAGAUUUCUAUCAGAAGUUGGGGAUGGAGGUGCCCGGAGACAUUAAAGGGGAACUUUGCAACAUGAAGACUCUUCUGGAUCAGCGCAAUGGCGACGCAAAAUCAGAGGACACCGCCCACAAGGAGGCGGGAGAGGAGAAACCAGAGGAGGACAACGACUACCACCGUAGUGACGAGCAGGUCAGCAUCUGCCUGGAGUGCAACAGCAGCAAGCUACGAGGGCUGAAGCGCAAGUGGAUCCGCUGCUCGGCACAAGCCACGGUCCUGCACCUCAAGAAGUUCAUCGCCAAAAAGCUUAACCUGACAUCGUUUAACGAGCUGGACAUUUUAUGCAAUGAGGAAAUCUUGGGGAAGGACCACACUUUGAAAUUUGUCGUCGUGACAAGAUGGAGAUUUAAGAAAUCCCCCCUCCUGCUCCACUACAGACCCAAGAUGGAUCUGCUGUAGCGAAAACGGACACAACGGUUGUUUCUUUCCUUUUUGUUUUUUAUAAAUAUUUUUAAUUUCAGGUCCGGUGACUGCAGACUGUGCCGAAACUUCUUCUUCUUCUUCUUCUUCUUUUUAAAUUUUUUUUUUAUUUAUGCAAAGACGAUCAACCAACACCAAGCAAAACGCCCGACAGUAAAAAAAAACAAAACACAACAUAAAUCAGCAUAAGCCAGCAAACGGGGGAACAAACACACAACCACAGAACUGGAAACCUCCAGCACAGACUCUGCAACACUCCUGUUUUGUUUUUUUAAGGAACUACAACAACCAUUUUUUGUUUUUUGUUUGUUUGUUGUCCGCUACAUCCUUGAUAUGUGAACAAAAUGGAAAAAAAGAAAAAAAAAAUUGAGAGAAAGCAUAUAUUUAUACUUUUGUACAGAAGAGACACAUUGAACCAAGACACUACCGGUGCUCUGUUUACACGCAAACAAGAUGUCUGGAAUCCCGUGACUGUGGUUUUUUGAGCUCCGUGCAGAUUUCAUCCUCCCGAGACGAAGACUGGACGGAGAGGAGGACGUUUUCUUUUUUAUAUAUAACAAAAGGUUUCUGUUUUUUUUUUUUAAAUUUCCUGUCACAAUCCACUUGACACGUCUGGGGAGCACAGAAAGUUUUAUGGAAGAUUUAUAACAGGCAUCGAUUUCAAGUACAAUUGUCUCAGAAUUCCUUUUUUUCCUUUUCCAUUUCAUUUCGUUGGCUUUGUCUAAUUUGCUAAUGGGUUCUUGAUGAUUGUCAAUUGUGAAUAGGCUAAAACAUUUUUGUUGUGUAGUAAUUUAUGUUCUAUAUACCGAUAUUGUACAUAAAAUGUCAUUACAGAUAGAGAGAGAGAGAGAGAGAUUGAAGAGAGUAAGAGAGACUUUAGACUGUUAAAAAGAAAAGAGUGGAUCCCAGAAGAGUUUUCUAUAUGUCGGGCAAAUAAAAAGAAAAGUGUCCAGAGGUUUAAAAAUGAGGAUUUUAAAAGACAGACUCACUAUCAGUAUCAAAAAUAUAUAAAUGCAUCUUUAUGCUGUCUGACACAGACACAAGACAAAUAUCAAGUCCCUUGCAGUGUGCAUGUGUGUGUGUGUGUGCGCGCGCGCGUGUGUGUGUGUGUGUUACGAGACUUUAGGGCGAACAAGCAGAAAGCUUCCCAUCCCCCCCCCCCGUGCUCCUCAUCUCCCUCCUGUAGAGUUCAGUUAUUGUUCAUUUGCUCAUCAUCAACAAUUCCUUUCUCCCCGAUGACUAAACACUGGUGUGUGUAAACCCAGUUCAUUCUACUGGUUUCAGUCUCGAUCUUAUUUGGAUUUCGCAUCAUUCAGACCUGAGUAUCCGUCCUUGUGUUUCCACUCGUUCAGUGAAAACUGAUACAGCCACAUGUUGUUGUUGUUGUUGUUGUUGUUGCUCCGACGCAGAGUUUGUUUUGGAAAUUUACCACAAACUACUUUAAAGCAACACAACGUUACUUCUGGUGAGCAGCAGCGCCCCCUGCAGCCAAUGGAUAUUACCCAUGAUCCUCUGCUUCCUGAACCAGGAGAGCUACUUAAAGAAAGUUUCUCCAGUUCAGCUUUAUUCUUCCACUUCCUGGACCUGAUUAAUAUUGUUAUUGAUAAUUGAAGUUGCGACUGAUUUGAAUGCAGAUUAAAUUCAUUUCACAUAGAACAGAUGUUUAACGAAGAAGUUUCAAAGUUUUGCUUUAAACCAGUCCAGUUUGUCUUCACCCCCCCCAGUAGAGCAUGUCACCCUUUUUUAUAUUUUUUGCCCAAAUUAAAUUCUGGUUUUCAGUAUCGAUAUUUUCUCGAUCAGAUCCCUGAUGUCCCCGCUGCACGGUGCUGGUAGAUUUCAGUUUGUCCUCACUGCCAGUUGCAAAUGUUCAAAGUUACAAAGUGUUAAAGAGCGUUUUUUCUAAAAGUGGCGUGAUUUAUUAAUCAGUAUAAAACCUGGAAUUCUUUUUUGCAGAAUAGCUAGUGUUCGAUAAUGUCGACUUCGCAGGACAACAUUUUUUUUCUGAGAAGCUACUCGCAAAUUCAGGGUCCGCACAGGGGGCGGAGGUUUUUUCUGAACAUUUUGAUAUUGAAAUUCUGAAUAAAAAAAAAUGGCCCCAGUUGGGUCAUUUGGUGCUGAUGCGUGUCUGUUUCUAGUCGUACGGUUGUUCUUUCUACUGUCACACUGCAAAAACCAAUGUUCUGUCCAAUGAGAGAAAAUGUCUUUAUCUCACAACUGCUCAACUGUCUUCAAAACAACGUGAAACACAACUGGAUCCUUAACAAAACGCCAUGUCUGACCUCAAGUAUGAUUACCUCACCUGACCCGUGUGGUCAGAGGUUGAAUUACAAUGAUUUACCCUCUGCAUUGUAUCUGCCCACAGCCAGAUGUUUUCUAUGUGUUCACACGCAGGGCUCCUCCUCAUCUGCACAUCGUCCCUCAAACUUUAUCAAUUGGAUAAAAGCUCUUAAUCUAUUUACCUGCAAUAUUUAUAUUUUUUGCAUGGAAGAGUAAAUUACGUCGUGCACAUAUUGUGUUGGAUUUGGAGAUGUAAUGAGAUGUGUAGGAACCCUGCUGCAUCAGGACCUAUAUGACUUGUGUGUGAAAUCAGCGUCUUUAAAGCCGACAGGUCGGUUCCAAACCAGCUCUACCAAAACCCUCCAGUCUGCAUGUGUCACUGCUGAUGGGAACCGAAAUAUGUCAAGGCCCCAAAUCCGGUUAAAUACGUCAACUGGCCAUUGUUUUUGUUUUUUUUAUAAUGCUGGAGCUGAAAUCGUGAAAAGCAAAAGGUGAAAUGCAAACAGCUUUCUGAUCUGAUUUAGGAAAAUUUGAAUAAUUUGCAGUAAAAAAAGCAUAAAUAAGGUUUAUUGGCUCUUAACCAACAAAUUUAAAGCCAACAAACGGUACAAAAUUCACGAUAAAACCAGAAACAAGGAGCCCGACGUGUUUGGUCAGAUCCUGGAUGUGUGUGUUCUGUCAAAUCCCUGCACACGUGAUGUGAGCCCUGUUUGAAAUGAGGCCGGUGGGGAGUUGACCCUGAGGUCAAGUUCAUGUUCUCAGACUCGUCCUGUAGCUGUCGUCACCUCCUGUAAACGUUCAGGAGGAAUUCUCUCAUUCCUUCAUCCUCUGUUUUCCUCAUGUGAUAAAGAUGUAAAGAAAAACCAACAACAACAAGGUGCUACUUUUAAAAAACAACGACUACAAACUAAAUGUUUUGCAGAACAUCUUUUUAUUCCUCUUUCCGUUUCACUCCGUGACUUUCACACGGCACCAGUCUCACAAACAAUGAUUCAUUUUCAAUAUGUCAGAAUGUGAAUUCACUUUGUCGCAAAAAGUUUUGAAACUGAAACAACUUUGGAAAGAAAAGUGUGAAACGAC